UCAAUUAUUAUUAACUUUGUGUGAGACUGAGUGAGAACCUAACUAGCUUAGCCCUCUUAUAAAAAUAGACAACUCUCCAUUAAGUGAAAGAGCAAGAGGAGCCUCUGACAAAAUCUCCCCCUUGGAUAAAAUUUAUGUCACAAAGGCUCCUCUGAGAAAAGAGAGCGGGAGUGCGAAAAUCACUGGCAGAUGGGCGGGUUUGCGAGCAAGAAGAGGGGUAAUUUAAGUGAGAGAAAUGCUGGUGGGUUGAGAGAUAAGGUGAGGAGUAUUCAAGAGGAGAUGAGUGGGAUGGUGUGUGAGAGGAAGAAGGAGAGUGCGGCAUAUGAGAGGGACAUGAUGGUGUUCGAAUUCAAGGAGGCUGAGUGGAAGCAGGAGAAGAAGAAGAUGAGGGAGGAGGUGAAGAUGCUGAGGAAGGUUGUGGAAGAGAAGGAGGAAAGGAUUAGGAGAAUGGAGGAUUGUGGUGGGGUUGUGGUGGUGGGAGGUGGGAAUGAUAAUAAGAGUGGUGAUGGUGGUGGUGGGGAGAAUAAUAGUAAAGAGUGGGAAGUGUUGUUGGGGAGUGUUUUUCUGGCUGAGCAAAUGAGGGAGGAGAGAGCAAGGAGGGAUGAGACCGUGGAGAAGUGGAAGCAGCUUUAUCUGGCUAUUAAGGUGGAGCUUGAUGAUCUCAUUCAGAGGACACAUUGUGGAAAUGGGCUGUAUUGGAAGGCAGAGGAAGAAGACACAGUAGAAGAGCUAAAGAGAGAGCUCAAAGCCAAGGAAGAAAUGAUUGCAUGUCUAAAAUCCAAAAUAGCUUCAAUGGAGCAUGAACAUUUCAAGAAGGAAAGAGAGAUUGACAUAUUAAGGCAGAGCUUACGAAUCAUCAGCUGCAAGAAGACAAUGCACGCCCCUAAGAAUGUUUCUAGAGAUUCACAGCUCGUGAAACUGAAACUGGCCAGAAAAUUGUAAUCAUCACGUUUAGAUGUAAACUCAAAGUUUCGAGUUCAGUUAUGUGUAACGGAACGAAAUUAUAAAUUAUGAAUAAUUUGGCACGAUUACAUA